AUGGUGUUCACGUUCACUUGCAGCGAUCCUCGCUACGAGAUUUAUAUGGGGCGAGACAAAUUCGAAAACGAAGAAUUGAUUGCUCACGGAUGGCCCGAAGACGUUUGGUUCCACGUCGACAAACUCUCCUCUGCACAUGUAUACCUCCGCGUGCCUCUCCCUGAUCGCCCUCUCCCAGAUGAUAAGCAAGAACCAGAUUUAAAAUCCAUUCCUCAAAAGGUUCUCGAUGAAGUUGCACAAUUGACGAAGGCGAAUUCCAUUGAAGGAUGCAAGCAGCCCCAAGUUGACAUUGUGUACACGCCAUGGUCAAACCUCCGCAAGUCCGCGCACAUGGACAUUGGCCAAGUCGGCUUCAAAGACGAGAAGCGCGUUCGCCACAUCAAGCACGUCGCCAAAGACCGUGAAGUCCUCAAAGCCAUCGAGAAAACUCAGCAGGAACCGAAGGUCGACCUCAAGGCUGCGAGAGAGCAACGCGAUCGGGAACAACUGCGCAAAAGGAAGGAGGAAAUGCGACAGAAGCGGUUGGAGGAGGAGGAAGCAGCAAAACGGAAGGAGGAGGAGAAGCAGCUGCGGUGCUACGCGUCGCUGCAGACUGUGGAGCCUGAAUUUACAGAUAAGGGCGAUGGGACAAUUGAGAGCUGUAGAGCAAUCGAAGAGGACUUCCUCUGA